AUGCCNCCCAGGCAGUCGGCAACAUAUCGUACGGCACAGUCACAAAUGGUGAUGCCCAAAUCUUCAAGCGCCAACAUGAGAUCAGCAAUGACCUGCCCACGAUGCGCCGAGCCACAUCGUAUAUCAAGAUGCCCUCAAUUUCGAGCAUUAAGUCUGGAUCAACGUUUGCACUGGGUACGCCAAGCAACGUUAUGCUUCAACUGCUUGGGACCAGGUCACUCGGCCUGUGACUGUAACUCGGGGAAUUGCGACAACUGUAAGCAGAAACACAACACCAUGCUUUGUAAGGCAGCUCCGCAAGGCGAGCGGUUACCUACAAACACCAGCUCAGUAGCGCAACCAGUGUCCGUACUCGAGCAACAAUCGCCAUCAACCAGCGCUACUGCGGCUCAGGUCCUGCCCCGUCUGGAUGCU